UUUAUCGCUGCGUCCUCACUGGUUUCCAUAUGCCGGACUCAAGCGAUUCACAUCAUCCGGCUCUCUACGGACGGAGAUAGAGCCUUUCGCAGGUUUCAACCUUGCUCAAAAACUCAAUGGUGCUGAUUUCCUAUUGCCUUCAAAAUAUAUUGAUUAUGGAAGUGAGCAUGUCGAUGUUUAUUGGUACCCUUGAGAUUUGGCUGGAGGCUGCAGACGCUCCAGACAAUUAUCGGGUUUGUGCCACGGACCCUGCAUUCCUCAUACAUGUUCUCGAUACCGUGACUUUCACAACCCCUGAUCCUGGCUUGCCCCUCCCCGAUCCGCGUUAUCUUGGCAUUCAUGCUACAUGUUACUUGGACACGGAAAGCAUAGACGAGUUUGGAGGAUUGGCGGAUCCUCCGCAGAAGGCUCCCGAAUUGGCGCAAGUCUGAUACUACACUGCGAAUAGAAAUGAGUAUACUUUCUGGUGACCGGGAUGUUGUAGCACGGUGUUCCUAGCUUGGGCGGUCGGAAGGCAGCGGGAUGGCACUGGCAUGUCGCGAAGGUCGAGACAUUUCGGUCUAUAGCUACAUAUGAUGCAGCCUACUCUCGAUACAAAUC